AUGAUAACAGAAAUGAUGAACCAAGAUGUGUACUUUGCCAAAUUGGCAAGGGUGGUGGGAAGAUUUGAAGAUAUGAGGGAGUAUAUGGAGAAAAUUGCCCGUGAGGCGGCAUCUGAGCAAAAUGAACUAACGACCGAGGAGCACGAGCUCCUUUCGGGCACUUACGAGAACGUUAUUGGAUCUCGACUCGCUGUCUUGAAGAACAUCUCUUCAAUGAUCAAGGAGGAGGUGGACCUGGACAACAGAAAUCAUGGCAUUGCUCGAGCAGAAUCAGGACCAGGAAAUCCAAUUCGUCUGAAUUUGGCACUAAAUUUCUCGAUGUUCUACAUAGAGGCUCUAUGUUCUCCAGAAAUGGCAUGUACUAUAUAUUAUCAAGAAGAACGAGGAAGAACUCGACGACACACGGUAGCCUUCGCCUUGCCCGACUCAUCACUACCCCUUUUUCCAUCGACCGCCCCCGCCGCCACCGCCGUCGUAGAUCCGCGCUCAGAGAUCGCUGAGAGCGACGGCCUCCAGGUCUUGAAGCUGCGUCUCACGCCGCGGCGACGGCCACGGGGCGCCGCGGUGGCAACGUUCCCAAGAGGGGACACCGGCGUCGUCUCCGGCGCAUCCUCCGGCCACAUCGCGACGCACCCGCAUUGGAGCAGAGAGGUGAGUUUCAUCUACACUCCGCCGCGAGGCAAGCGGCAAGCGGCGAGCCAUUAUAUAGGCCUUUCCAACAAAUCUGACUAUGCAUUCCAAAUGCUUCUCCUUCACUCAUUCCCGACAGGGCCGAAGAUCUUCUGUUGCCAUCGGAGGCAUCAUUCAACGAGCAGAGUUCCACCUCUUCGAAGAGAAAACAACAGAGAAAGAUCUGGUAUUGCUGCCGCAAUCUGUGUGGUCGCGGUGAGCCCAGUAUCAGAAUUGGAGCAAUUAAUUAAUGAAUGCCCUGGGCGCCCUCUCUCAUCGGGCGGCGUCCCCUGUGAGGCCACUGUCAUGCAGUGGAGUCUGGCGUUGAGUGUUCAGGCACGGUUGUUGGAAUUGAACUGUUACGGAGCGGAUCCAAGAACUGAAGGAUCAGAUCAGCGCCACCGGCAGAUGUUGAUGCUUUCCUGUCGAGCAGCUACGAGACAAGAGUUAGAUAUCAGAGAUCUGAUGAUCUGGAGGAUAGCGCAGGAUUAA